CGCUGAUUGGCAGCAAAGGGGUUCACUCCCCAUCUCCUGCUCGAGCAAAACCGGCACAGCCAAUCAGAGGCAGGGCUGCCGGGAACGACCCAAUCCUGGACCUGGGCUGAGGGUGGGGGCGGAGACAAGUGGCUCAGGUGGACCCCGGGCCGGAGCUGUCCUCGGGGAGCUUGCUGCCUGCUGCGGUGCUGGGGGUCGGAUCGCCAGGGCAAACACCCUCUCAGACGUGAGUGUCACCAUGAGCCGUUUCCUGAAUGUGCUGCGGAGCUGGCUGGUCAUGGUGUCCAUCAUAGCCAUGGGGAACACACUCCAGAGCUUCCGAGACCAUUCCUUCCUCUAUGAAAAGCUCUACACUGGCAAACCAAACCUCGUGAAUGGCCUCCAAGCUCGGACCUUUGGGAUCUGGACCUUGCUCUCAUCAGUGAUUCGCUGCCUCUGUGCCAUUGACAUCCACAACAAGACGUAUGCUCUAUCACAUCACGCUCUGGACCUUCUUCCUCGCCCUGGGCCACUUCCUGUCCGAGUUGCUUGUGUUCGGAACUGCAGCUCCCACAAUUGGCAUCCUGGCACCCCUGAUGGUGGCAAGUUUCUCAAUCCUGGGCAUGCUAGUCGGGCUCCGGUACCUGGAAGCAGAACCAGUGUCCAGACAGAAGAAGAGGAAUUGAGGCCAACUUUACCACCUCCAAAACGUCCUCAUCUUCCACCUCUGCUGUCUUCUUCCUUCAUUCUCUCUUCUCUUUAAUUUCUUCUUUUCAGUUCUGUCUUCAGCCCCAUUCCCACUUUUAGCCUCUUUAAAUUUUCUGGUUUUGUUUUCCAUGUAAAAAUUUUUAAGAUGUGUCAUGCACACAGAAAAGCACAUCCCACAUACAAAUAAUUUAAAGAUAAUUUUAAAGUGGCUAUUCUCUCUAACACCAUCUGAGUCAAGAAAUUGCCACUGAGUCCUUCCCCCACCCACAACCACCUUACCCCCCACGCUCCCUUUUCCAAAAGCCUUCUUCUUGUUUUCCUUUGAUUUCCAUUCCCUGAUUUGAUUUGUGUGGUGGGAACAGGGGACUAUGAACUUAAAGCUGCUGCCCACCCCGAGCAGCUGUGACCAAGGGCUGCUUCAAGGCAUCGUCCACACACGUUGAGCUCCUUUCUGCAGCUGGACCCAAGACUCAGAACCGUCUGGGGACAGGCAGUGCUUCCGAAGAGGGCUCGAGCAGGACCUCGGCUCUUACUCAUAGGCAGGGGAGGGAUUGGACAGUCUGGGCUGUUUUUAGACCUUCUGGUCAGUUGUAUUUGUGUAGCAAAUUUUGUAAUUAAAAAAAGAAAAAACCCUC